GGUCUCCCCAAGAUCUGGAGCGAGGUAGUAGAGUAAAGUAAUGGCCGUAUGGUAUGUUGGAUGAUAGCUCACUAGCCAGCAUUAGGAUACCAUAUUACAUCGCAGAUUGGAGUGUCAGUGACUGUUGGCAGCUCCAUUACGUGAGCCUAUGGAUGUUUAACUUUGUCUGAAGUGUGGAAUAUGUGGGCUGAGGACGAAUACCACGGUGUGUUCUAGAUAUUAAGUGUUACGUUCAUUUGCAAAACGCAAGAUGGACGCUGCAGACAUAGAUCCUAAUUUUGAGCCUCAAACUAGGGCAAGAUCUAACACCUGGCCUCUGCGACCGAAUCGGGAGAUUCUUGAUGCCCAGAAUAGCCCCGUGUCAGAGGAUUCUUCCACUGAAAAUCACAAGGAGAAAGAUCCACUCGGAUUAAACACUAAAAAGAGUGGGUCAAGACGAAAUGCGUGGGGAAACUUAUCAUAUGCGGAUUUGAUAACGAAAGCUAUCCAAAGUUCACCUGAAAAGCGUUUGACUCUAUCUCAAAUAUACGACUGGAUGGUACAAAAUGUUCCUUAUUUCAAAGAUAAAGGCGACAGUACGAGCUCAGCUGGCUGGAAGAAUUCGAUUCGGCAUAACUUGUCCUUGCACAGUCGCUUCAUGCGUAUUCAGAAUGAAGGAACAGGCAAGAGUUCUUGGUGGGUUAUCAACCCAGAUGCCAAGCCAGGGAAGACUCCCAGACGGAGGGCAGGUAGCAUGGAAACCAAAAACUAUGAAAAGAAGCGUGGUCGUGUUAAGAAGAAAGUGGAAGCUCUAAGAGCUGCUUUAGAAGCUGGUGGCAGUCCAUCAUCAGCUUCAGAGGACUUUUUAGAUACAACCUUUGGCUUUGACUUUCGACCACGAGCUAGUUCUAAUGCUAGUAGCUGUGGCCGGCUCUCUCCCAUUCAGGCUGCUGUAGAACCAGAUUUACAUGAUAACCAGGUACCCCCAAUGUCUCCUAUACCAUGGGGACCUGAAGUGGAUUCAGGGAAUUUCUGUUAUAGUUCUGAUGGAUUUACAGAUCAGUUAGUGGACACUCUAGUGGACAGUAUGAAACUAGCAGAACCAAAUAACAUAGGUUUGACAGGUUCUGAAAGUUUAGAUUUGGUAGGGAAUGGGUUGCAAGAACAAUUCAUGCAGAAUGGUUCUAACAAUGAUUUGACUAUGUCUGAUUUCAAUCAAAAUUCAAAUUAUAGUCAAAAUGGAAGUUUCAGUGGUCAGUUUGGUAACCUCCCAGCCCCACCACCUUACCCUGAGUCAUUGCAACGCAACACUCAAUCCCCUGCCCAGCAGCCUGUGCCUCAAACAGUGAUGAGCAACCUGGAUGUAGCCAUCUCUAACAGUCGUUUCAACAACUUGGGUUUACGACAGAAUCUGUUCAGGCAGCAAGAUUUGUACCAGCAGGAUUCUGGCAUGAGCCAGGACUUGGCAGCCCAACUAAACACAACCAAUCAGCUGACCAUCAACACACAGCCUCAGAUGACAUCACCUUCUCGAUCUCCACAACAGGCCAGCCCAAUUGGAUAUGGGAAUGGGUUCAGUCCAAGUGUUUCCCCUCAGCCCCACCCAGGUCAACCGCGCCAGCUCUCCCCACAGCCGCAGCAGAUGUCUCCUCAGCAGGCUCCAGGAUCCCCAGCAUCUGGCUCAGCAACUGCCCAGCCCCGGACGGUGCUGCAACAGCAGCUCCAAACUUCCAAUGACUCCAUCCUGCGAGCAGCCCUCACACAGGGAGGGGCAGCCAUGAGUUACACCCUGCCCACCACGACUGCCAGUCACUCACAGUUCUCACAGAUGAACAUGCCUUACUCCCGUGCCCAAUUGAAUGGCCCAGUUUCAACCACAUGUAACAAUAUGGAGAGUCAAGACUCCAACAUGGAUGAGGUCCUCGCUACUCAGCUUGGCCAGCAGAUUAACAACCAGAGAAGCCAAACAAAUUUACAGUCGGGAAGCUUUCCAAACACAGGCUCUGGCAACAUGAACACUGGACCUGUGGAAGGAGAUGUACCUAUUGAUAUAGAUAUAGAAAACUUGAUAUUUGGAUUGGACUGUGAUCUUGAUCAGAUCAUUAAACAAGAGUUGUCUCUAGAAGGCAAAUUAGACUUUAACUUUGAUGGGAGUGCCAAUGUUCCUCCAGCCACAAAUAAGAAUACUGUUUGAUGAUACUCAUGGUGGCGUUAUAACAUCUUAGUGCUGUACUUAUGUGAUGUGAUGUAUUGUGAUGUGACAAUGUAUGAGGAACCAUGGCUAAUGUGAAACCAGUAUGGAUUCUGUGGCACAAGGAUGGUGAGGCAAUGGUAGCUAUAUAGGGCAGCAUGCCUGUUUGCUAGCAGGCAAGCAGAGACAUUUGGAGAUCAGGGAGGUUGUCGGUCAUGAGACUGAUAUUACAGGUGGAUACAUACAAGAAACCAACUUCUACUGCUACAAAUGUCAAAUCAACAUACAUUCAUAGAUUACAUGCACUAUGAAUGCACUUACGGUUGUAUGACAUGUAUAUUUAGUGCAUGUUUGGAUUACAUAUGAAACAAGUACACAAGGACUGUUCCCUUUGGGUGUCAAGAUACAGUAAUGUUGAGAAAUACAGGCCAUGACUUCUGUAUCAAGUGUUGUCAAGAGCCAGGCCUAAUGCAGUGUUUACCUCGUGUAAUAGCUGAAGGUGGCUAUUUUACAGGAUAUACUAUUUCCCUAUAAACUAGACAAUGUACAUACUUCUGCCAGUGACUAAGAACACCUUCAUUCAUGUGUCAACAGAAUUGGGAUGUGGCAUCCAGACGAUUCACACAUUUUUCAUAAUGAACUGAUCACCUUCAUAAUAUUGUGGUUGACAUCUAAUUUAUAUAUUUGAUGAAUUUCUUGUUUCAUUUGCCAGUAGUUUGUCUUAGAGAUGAGACAUUUAGUGGAUCUUGUUCAUCAUUGCUCCAGCCAACUUCCCUAUUCAGAAAUGAGAAUGUUCAUAGCAUCAUGUAGAUUCCCACUUUCAUUUGAAAUAUAUGUGAAUGUUCACUGUGUUGAAACAAGAACCUGUCUGUACACAGUCAGUUGAAGUAUGUGUUCAUUUGUAACCAAGAGUAAAAGACAUUUUGCAUGUAUUGCAAAGAUUCGAUACUUAAUUAUUAAGAUAGGAAGUCAGUUUUUGUAAUACAUCUUUUAAACAAAUUGGUUUGUUGUACAAGGCUGCCAAUCAAGCCAGUAUGAGAUAACUCAAUGGCAUGAAACUGCCAAAGGUAGUAAAAAUACAUUUCUGUUGAAAUUAGGCAUGUUAAAGAAUCACAAUUUGAAGUAGUAUUGAAACAGUUUGUGAUAUGGUUGAUGCUUGUUGAUAAUUUAUGAAAGUCUGCAUUCAGUGUAUACAUACUUUGUUACAUGUACAAAUUUUAAGCAACCAAGUGUUUGUUGCAUUGGUGUCUUAUAUAGUGCUGUCUGUCGAUGUCCUGAAUUAUAACAGGGAUGCCACUUGCUGGAUGGAAAAAUUGGAUGUGAUAGUAAACCUGUCUCUUAUGGAGGAACAUUCCUGCCUAUACAGACUUUUAUUGUUUAAAGUGUCAAUGGAUUUUUACUAAUAUUAUUGUGAAUCACAGAAGAGUCUAAGCUUUUGAAAGUUGUUAUGUUUUGAAAGCAGGGGAUUAUUUCUAAAUAUUUAGUGGAUGGGGUAAACUUUGACUGAGAUUCUUGUUAUAAUUUCUUUCCCAGAACGUUAAAAAAUUGGUUUCCAUUAUCAGUGUUUUCAAAGUUUUUUUCAUUUUUCAUUGAAUGUUUUGACUGAGCAUCAGUUCUGUUAUCUCAAAACCAUUUAUGAAGGUGACAAGCCAGGCUCAGAAAAUAGGGCCAUGUCAACAUGUGCAUGAAGGAAUGUUUCUCUAAUGUUACUAAGUUUAUAGCAUUUAGCAAUACAAGAGACUUGUGCCAAGAGAAAUAAUAUGACCUGGAGGAUUUUGUGUCGUUCAAAAGCGAUCAUAAUUACAAAUAUUCACUCAUAUAUGAUUGUUGUAAUAGUUGCCAAACAUUUAAUCAGAUGUAAUUUUGAAAGAAGGUUAAUUCCUUAGAAUUAAGGAUUUUAACCAUAAUACCUCAUUGUUGUCACUCAAAUGUGACAUCAACAAAGGUGCGCCCUUGGAAAUCAGUGUACCUUUUACUCAUUGCGCAUAAUGAAGUCAACUAGUAUAACAGGUGACAUUUCAAAUAGUUGAGCAUUAUUUGCCAGUUUUGUUGGAUCAGAGGGAAAAUGAAAUUAUCCGCAUUAUAAUAUAUUUUUGACAUUUGGAAGGAUCAAAUUGGAAGUUGCUUUUGCUGAAUUCAACAUUAUGACAUUUUGAUGCUCAAUUGAUUUAGUGUGCAGAGUUUUUACCUGCUUCCACGAUUACCUGUUGCAACUGAGGUCAGCUGUACCUGAAGCAAUUGACUUAACACUGGAUAUCUAACUGCAUAGGUGCUCUGAAGUUAGUAUUUCAAGUUCUGUUAGACAUGUUCGGUGGCUUUAGGGCCAUUCUUAUUUUUACCACAAAAUGAGCUUUCUUUAUCAUCUUGAAGACAGCAAAGUUACAGCUGGUACUUGGUGUCUCCAAAGAUAAUGUAGCUGUAGGACAAAGGGGUCACCUGCAGUGUCAGUCUGUCACUCUCUCAUGACACUGAUAUAUUGUCUAGGUCUGGUGCUCUUCCAGUAGUGAAUUAACAGUUAAUCAAGUAGGGGAAGGGGAAAGAUUUCUGAUGAGUGGACACAUCUGAUAAGUAUAGAUGAUGAGUCUACUAGGUUUGUAAGGACAUUCUUUCUUUGAUAUGUAUGUCCAAGCCAGUGUUAAGUUAAAUGCAGAUAGGUUCAGAUAUUUCUCAGGAAAAUUAUUGACUCUUCUCCUUUCUCUCUCAUUAAUGAAUACAAGAAAACGUUGUUUGUUGAUUUGUCUGUUGUAUAUCAGUGUAUAUAAGGUGUACAUUUUUAAAGUGAGUUGAUUUUCUGACUUCUUGUUCUUAACUCAUAGCUAUAAUUGUUUAAAUGGUGGAUCAGCUCCAUGACUGAGUAUCCCAACCUGUGAUGUUUGAGUGUUUGAAUGAGGUGUGAGUAUAUAUUUAUAUAGUUUUGUUAUUUAACCUGAGAGGAAUAGCCAGGCUUUUCUACCCUUAUCACACAUUCACUAGUUAAAUUUAUUAUUAGUUGUUAAUGAUUUGUCGUUUUUGUUUUGAUGUAGAAAAUGCAGUGCUAGGUCAUUUUGCCAUUCAAAAUGAGUAAGGUAAAUGAACAUAAUAUGGAAAGUGUCUUUUGUCUUUGUGUCUAUCAAUGGAAUGAAUGGUACGAGACUUCUUAAAGCCUUAUAUUGUUACGAUAUUAUACCAAGAUGGUCAGUAUUUGGUGAUAUUCCACAGCAAGUUUCCGAUUGUCCCACCCCAAUCACGCCAUCAGUGUCUGCGCAGUUGACUCACUAGUAUCCUCUCUACCACCUGACGGUCAAAGAAAGACAGCUUCUUGUUUAAGGUUAAAUUGAUAAAAACAUUUAAAAUAAACAUGUUUAUAAAUAAUUGCAUAAAUAGUAGGGUUAUUUGCAAAAAUGUUUUUGAUGUAUCAUUUCUAUACUGGACUUGUGCAUGAUCCAGAAUUCAGGACAGUUGAGAAUUAAUGUACAUGAGCUGUAUACUUAGCAUACCACUAUCCAUUGGUUAAACAGAAUUCACCAAAUCUAAUUGUAGUCAUGAAAUUAUAUUGUGAUAGAUGGAAGCACUAUCCCCUCCAUUAAUGAAGCAACAUGGUUUCCACAUUUUCCUCUUUAUACCAGAUUUUGUUUAAUAUCAUGACAAACACAGACACUGGGACUUGCAAGUUCUGAAUGCUCACAUUCUGAAACAUUAGUUAAGAACAUGAUUACUUGUUACAUUAGGACUGCAAUGAAAUAAAUGCAUUUCAUUAUUGUUGAAGACUUUAUUUCAUCAACUUAUCAAUAUGUUGCCCAGUAGUGUCUACUUUCAAUAUAGUGCUUCUCAAAUAUCACUAGUUUUACUGUAGUUGUAUUCCAUAUCUAUUGCAGUGGAUCUUAAUACAUUUUCUGGCUUCACAAAUUUAUUACAGCUUUUACACUGAAACUAUGGAAAGAAAUUUGGAUACUCCAGAAAUUUGGCUCAUCUGAGCCAAACUUUGGAAGCCAUAAACUUGCAUUUUCACCUUCUUCUCUUGUACUUCUUUCUUCUCCAUACUGCUUGACACAUCAAGAUAAAUCUUGGUGUUUGUAUUCCUGGCCACAGGGGAUUAGUGGGGGAUGUCUUUUUCAUUCAGGGUAUCAUAAUAUGAAACAGGCAUAGCUUUCCAGACUUGUGCAUACUGUCAUUGUGAUUUUUACAUAUCCAUUUCAGUAUGAAUUGACAAUUCAAUCCUGCUGUCAGUUGAUAGGCUGAAUUUCAAAUGGCUGUAAAUCUUUAAAAUAUUAACCAAAUUGGUAAAAUCUAUUUUACUGCUUAAGAGCUGAUGUCUAUUUGUAAUGAUAGCCAUUUUGGUUAUGAAAAUAUUCUGCUGAGGUCAUCCUUACCAGGAAGCUAGACAUCAAAUAGUUCACCAUUUGUCCGUAACAGUCAGUCACCCUGAUAAAGACUAAACACAAAAUUUUCCUAAAAUAUCAAUGUCUAUGCAUACACUUUACCAUUUGCAUACUUCCGAAUUGGGUCAGCAAUACUUCCGAUGAGCCAGUUGAGCUAUGUAGUCUUUGGGUUGCCUUCUCAUUAACAUGUAGUCGCAAGAAAGGUGUAACUUCAGUUUGGUGUGCACACUGCAUAGCAGUAUAGAAGCCAGUUCUUUUUAAAUAGAUGUGUCGACAAUAAAUACAUCACAGAGUGCAUAUUUAAUCAUAAAUGCACAGAAAAGUAGACAACACAAUAUCAGCAACAUUGUUCAGCUCAAUAAUGUAUUGCAAACCCUGACCAAUUUAUUUUCAGCCAAUCAAGUAACAGUAGUCAGUCAGUGGUCAUGACCUAAUAUUUGUUCAGCACAUGGAAGCGUAAAUGAAAAACAUACUGUUUGUUCAGUCAAUCAAGUGCCACCUGAUCAGUUGCUAUUUAUUUAUUUGAAAUUAGUUCUCAACAUCACAGAUGUCCAUUUUUUGAUGAUCCCAGUGUAAAUAAUAACAUUGUAGGGAUUCACAUACAAAUAAUAACCAAAAACUCAAGGUCCCAAGGAUGCCAAAAAUAUCUAACACUGCAAUUACAUUUUUUAGUUAUUUUUCUAACUCAUUUGUAAUGUCUUGGUCCUAUUACUACUGUAGAUGUCACUGUGUGUCCAUGACUGAUCAGCAUUGCUAGACCUAGUAAAUGUUUAUUUGGCAUUUGUGUGGGAGAUUCCCCCUCCAUCUGUUACAGUACCUGUGAUCUUGAAGUAAAAUUAUUAAGAUUGUGCCUUGUCUAUACAACUGCACACAAGUAAAAUAGCAUAAUCCUAUCUUACUGUACUAUCCGUUUCAAACUUACGACUUAACCAUAUUGUCCACAAACUGCAGAUAAGUAAAGAAUUCUGGUAGUGCCAUACACAAUAAUGGCAAGUGAUUUAAAUCAUUUCCUGUUGGCCAUUUGACAUUUUGUGAAAAUAUUUUCCUCUGUGAUGUCAAACCUUAGGUAUUGAAAAAAAGUUCUUUGUUGGGGGACAGGAUUGACACUUAUAAAACAGUAACAGGCAUUACCAUAUGCCCUUGUAAAAGGUUACUUUCUAUAGAAAAUGAAUUGAAAUUCUGUUGUUUCAUAUUGCUGUUAGAUUUCAUCUGUUUGGUCACUAUCUCAGGACAUGAUGACUGCCUUUAACAUAAAGCAUUUGAUCGUUAUAUUAUCGGUCAUUUGAGUAAUAGACAACUUAUUCUGUUUUUAAUCCAUUAAUGUGAUAGGUAAUCAAUACCUAGUGCCUUGUUCUUGAUUUAUCACAUAUGGUGUCACGUUGAAUUAGAAACUUUCAAGGCAGUGAUACCUUUAGCAAUUGUUUGAUGGUGUACAUGCUACAGGUCUGCUCUACAUGCAUGUUUCCCUAAACCAAAUUAUCUUUGUUUAAUUGAAAGGAAGUUACCAAAUUUCUGAUCAGUAGAAUAUUUGUUGAAGAAUAAAUUUACCUAAUUUACCAGUGAUAUCCGUCGACCUUUGUUGGUUUAGGGUAAACUGAUUCAUGCUGGAGCUGUCCUUUUGCAUUGUUUGGGUUGCAGUCAGUUUUCGAAUUGAUUGUAUCAGAACUAAAAAUAAUAUUUUCAUUGCUAUCAAAAUGGUAGCAUGUGUUUUAUCUUGGUGAUAUUUUAGAAUCAAGUUCAGAUUUUAAGUGUUCUGUUGAAAUCAUAGAGAGAUUGUUUUUAUUUUCUUUAUAUAUUGGGCAUUUGCUGAAGUCUUUUGAAAGAUGAUGCCCUUCCCAUGUCCUAACAUACAGUAUAUCAUAUGAAUAUAUAUAAAUAUAUUUUUGCGUACGAUGUACAUGAUAAUUUGUUCAGUUUGCAGAGUUUGAGGAAUGUUGUUCUGUGGGAUGUUCAUGUGAUUAAGUACGUUAUAGAACAGCUAUAGAUAUUCCUCAUGUAACUAAAUCAUAGGCAUGUUGAGAUUUGACUCGCUACACUCCUGUGAGGCACCAGCAGGAUGUGUAAUAUGUGUUGGUCUAAAAGACUCAAGAUUAUAUUGUACAAAGUGAGUUUAUGAUCAUGCUUACCGCAGUAGUGUCACAUUCAGAGCUCUGUUUUCUUGACAAUGCCAGCAUUGUUAGAACAGGGAUCUUAUUGCAUUCAUUAUGUUCAGUUUUAUUAUUCUAUCAUAACCUUUUUAGUUGAAAUGUUAUUAAUGUAACAUGUAAUUCUGACAUGUGUUUUAUUUGAUAUUGAAUCCCCAGUGCUAGUGUAGUGUACUGAGAACAGGUUAAUUAGGUCCAGUCCGGCUUACUCCCAUUGUCCUAGAGUCAGUCCAAGUGUAUUCGCAGAAAGGAAACAUAUCAACAUUGUGCUCGCUUGUUGUUUUAUUGUCACAUGCUCAAUAAACUCAUAAAAGGAA